AUGAAACGGCCUACCGCCCUUCUUGUUCUCCUAUCCUGUUCCGUAGCCACGGCGCAGUUGAUGACCUUGCCCGUUGAACGCUCCGGUCCGUACGCUCCCCGCAUUCUCCGUCAGAAGCCACUCGCCCCCGUGAACCCUAUCGGCCCAGCCAUGCCGCCCUCAGACCCCUCCGACUCCCAGCCGCCUCCGGCACAGGACGGCGUCAGGCUCUCCGAUGUGAUGGGCCGCGACAGGAGCAUCAACGUCUUCGCCAGCUUCACUCGCGACAUCGAAUCCGCUUCUCGCAGGUUAGACGACCAGACUCAGAACACAACGGUGCUUGCGCCGCUCAACUCCGCCGUCGAGAACUUGCCCCGGAAGCCUUGGGAAGACCCCAAGGAGUACCAGCACUUUGGCGAAAGCGCCUAUGAGGGUGGUGAUGGGCAAGAAAGAGCGCAGAGAAACAUUCGCAGAUUUGUUGAGGCGCACAUGGUUACAGUCAGCCCGUGGCCCGAAAACCACAAGGCCAAGGCGAUAGGUGAUGAUAGAGAUAUCUGGUGGGAGAGCAAGGACGGCACCAAAUUUAUCCAGCCUGGCAACAUCGAGGUUGUCAACGUCGCAAGCACCGUCGCGAAUGGUGAAGUGGCGCUUUGGUAUCAUGGACUGAUUGGUGUGCAGUGGAUCAUCAAGGAAGUCCGAAACUAUAAGACGAUCGAUCUCAGGAUGAUGAGCGGGAAACCCGCCGGAGAGGGCGGCCUUGAGUCCAUCGAGGAGAACCGUCGCCUGAUGGCCAUGGAGGCCGAAAGGAUGGAACGACGCGACAAGGAGCGACGUGAACAAGAGCGACACGAACAGGAACAAGCCGAAAGACGACUUCGCGAGGGCUAUCCUGCCGGACCUCCCCAUCACAGCAAUGCCGGCUCGAUCCCUAUACACCAGCCGGUCGCAUCACGCGCCAUGGGCGCAAUCCACAGCCCUGGCGGUCUGCUGGCAAACCACGGCUCAGGCUCCUCCGGCCCUCCUAUGCCACUCGGCGCCCCAUCCGGUCCCGGCGCGAACUUCGGCGGCCCCCUUCAGCCCGACAACAACAGGCCGCCGCAACACGGUGGCCCGAACAACCCGAAUGCCCAGCAUCAGAUGUUCGCCCCCAUCCCUCAUACGACCGGGCCCCCGAGCAACUCCCUGGGGGCCGCGAACGGAGGCCCCCCUGUCUUCGGCGGACCGCUCCAACAACGCGAAGGCCAACCACCGAUGCAACAAGGUCCCUUUGGCGGCGGCGGCGGCGGCGGUAACAGUGGCAGCGCCGGCGCUGGUGCUGCUGGAGGCCAAGGUCAGAUGCAGCAGCAAGGCCAGGGCGGCAUUGCCCAUGGCCAGCAGCCAAUUUUGAACGAUGCCUUGACGUAUCUGGAUCAGGUCAAGGUGCAGUUCCACGAUCAGCCGGAUGUCUACAAUCGAUUCCUUGAUAUCAUGAAAGACUUCAAGAGUCAGGCCAGCAUCGAUACCCCCGGUGUCAUCAAUCGUGUCUCGGAGCUUUUCGCUGGCCAUCCCAACCUAAUCCAGGGCUUCAACACAUUCCUGCCGCCCGGAUACCGAAUCGAAUGCGGCGCUGGGAACGAUCCGAAUACCAUUAGAGUAACGACACCCAUGGGUACGACGGUUCAAUCGAUCGCUGGCCGGGGCGCGCAGGUCGAUGGCGGACACGCGCAUGCUGGAGGCGCUUCGCAAUCGCUCUUUCCCCAGCGCGGCCCCAAUUGGCAGCAACAACAGCAGCAGCCUCAGCACAGUAUCGAGAGUCCGGAGGCCAAUUUCAGCACGCCUGUUCAGAAUGGCCCCGGAGGUUUUGGUCAGCAGGCUCAGAAUCUGGCUGCUGCCUUUGAGGCUCAGGGUGCUCAGCAGCGUGGCCCUCAAGCUCAAGGCGCGCACCCUGCCAACUCUCAACAGCCGCCUCGCAACGCGCAUACCCCUACUCCGGUCACCGGACCCGCAAAUGUCAACGGCAACGCAAGCCAGCAGCAACAACAGCAGGCAAACCUUGAACGCCGCGGUCCUGUCGAGUUCAACCACGCGAUUAGCUACAAUCGCUUCCAGGACAAGCCAGAAAUUUACAAACAAUUCCUCGAGAUCCUUCAAACCUACCAACGCGAACAGAAGCCUAUUCAGGACGUGUACGCUCAAGUCACUACUUUGUUCCACACCGCACCGGACCUGCUGGAAGAUUUCAAGCAGUUUUUGCCCGAGUCCGCCGGCCAAGCGAAGGGUACACCUGGCCGUCCAGGAGAGGAACAACCGCCUGGUCCUGGUCCGAACCAAACUCCGCAGCCCAUGGGUGCACAAAAGAUGCCCCCUUUGGGCAGCUUCGCACCCCCGAGCGCUUCCAAGGAGAAUAACAAGAAGCGCCCGAGACCCGACAAGCAGACGCCUGUUCCCGCGCCUGCCGUCUCCGAAGUGCCGCCCCCAGUGAUGCGAGCAGCACCCGGCGCAGCUCCCCCAACCGGCGCGAACAACAAGCGGGCGAAGCUUGCACACAACAAGGCUCUGACUGCUGAUGCGCCAGCGGUCGAGCCGACGUUGACGCCGAUCCUGCCUGAGCCUCUGGGACCCCCAACAGCUACCACAUCGAACUCGGACGAGAUCGCCUUCUUUGAGAAGGUAAAGAAGUAUCUUGGCAACAAGACAGCUUUCAACGAGUUCCUCAAAGUUUGCAACUUGUUCAGCCAAUCCAUCAUCGAUCGCAACACGGUCUUCCACAAGGGCAGUGUCUUCUUUGCUGCCAACCCUGAACUUAUGGGAUUCUGGAAGGCUUUCCUGAAGUAUGAGCCGCAUGAUGAGGUCGUCGACAACCGCCCUGCUCCGCCGAGCGGCAAGGUUUCCUUGAGCAACUGCCGCGGCUACGGUCCUAGCUACCGUCUCCUGCCAAAGCGGGAACGACUCAAACCCUGCAGCGGUCGCGACGAACUCUGCAACUCCGUCCUGAACGACGAUUGGGCUUCUCACCCUACGUGGGCCUCCGAGGACUCAGGAUUCGUUGCCCACCGCAAGAACGGAUUUGAAGAAGGCCUUCACCGUAUCGAGGAAGAACGUCACGAUUACGACUUCAACAUUGAGGCGAAUUUGAAAUGCAUCCAGCUCUUGGAGCCUGUUGCUCAGCAAAUUAGCGUCAUGUCGCCAGUUGAGCGUGAGCAUUUCCAGAUGCCGCAGGCGUUGGCCGGCCACAGUACGUCUGUGUUCAAGCGCGUCUGCAAAAAGAUCUACGGUGAUAAGGGUCCUGAGGUCGUCAACGAUUUGUUCUCGAACCCGCUCAAUGUGGUUCCGAUAGUUUUGACUCGCAUGAAGCAAAAGGACGAGGAGUGGCGCUUCUCACAGCGUGAGUGGGAGAAGGUGUGGCAUGCGCAAGUUGAGAACAUGCAUCUCAAGAGUCUUGACCACAUGGGUAUCUUGGUGAAGCAAAAUGACAAGAGAAAUCUCUCUGCCAAGCAUCUCGUCGACGUCAUCAAGACGAAGGCUGAGGAGCAGAAACGUCAGCGCAGCCUGAAAGGCAAGGCCCCGCGCCACCAGCUCGUCUGGGAUUUCUCAGACAAGAAGGUUGUUAUCGAGCUUCUCCGUCUGAUGAUGCUUUACACCGUCAGUAGUGGCCAGCAUAGCGUGCCCGAAAAGGAACGCAUCACAGAAUUCUUUGAGACCUUUAUCCCCGCCUUCUUCGAUAUUCCUGAAGAGGAAAUCGAGGGACGCCUACCCAGACUGCAGGAUGUCUCGGAAGAGGACGAUAACGAAGAGUCAGUCCCGGCGGAGUUGACCAACGGCCGCAGCCGCCGUACCGGUAGAAGGGGCGACUUGCUUCGCGGCGUUCUGGAUCCUGGGCGCAAUGGCUCCAAGCCUCGCGGGCAGAAGGAGGGGAGUGCGGCAUCCGGCAGUAAGGAAACUACUCCAGAAGUUGGUUCUGCCAACGAAGAGGAGAUGCCCGACGCACCCGAAGAAGGUGCUGGACCCGAAGUGUCCAACGAGCGCUGGAUGCCCAUCGUCCCUCAGCCAAUUGUUACCACUGGUGACGAUACUCUGCUGACUGCGGAUGGCGAGCUGAAGGCAGAUGGCUUUUUCUCUAGGCCAUGGUAUAACUUCUUCUGCAACCAAACCAUCUUCGUCUUCUUCAACGUCUUUCAGACUGUUUACACCCGCCUGAGGGACGUGAAGGAGAGUAAAGAGAGCGUCAUCGAGGAGAUCAAUCGCCAAAGCCGGCCGCGUCCUGCCAAGGACAUUGGGUUGGCAGAUAACACCCUGAACUACUUUAGUCCUCAGGAUGAUGCUUCAACAUUUUGGCCAAAGACCCUCGACCUAGUGGAGGAGUAUAUUGCCGGCGACAUUGACGAGGUCAAGUACCAGGAUGUACUGCGCCACUACUACCUCAAGAGUGGGUGGAAGCUUUACACCAUUCAGGACCUCUUGAAGACUCUCUGCCGUCUGGCCUUGACCUGCAGUAGCACUGACGCCAAGGAGAAGACGCCGGAUUUGAUUCAGCAAUAUCUUCACAGCCGCGAGAAGGACGAGACCAACUACCAGGCGGAAAUUGCCGCCAGGAAGUAUGCAGAGAAAUGCGUCAAGGAUGGAGAGAUGUUUGUCAUUUGCUGGUUCCCGCAAAAGACUGAGGCGACUGUUCGCUGGCUCCAACGUGAAGACACGACAUUCUACAUGGAUGAGAUGAAGGCGAAAGACCGCUGGCAAUAUUACAUUUCAUCCUUCAUCCAAGUCGAGCCGACCGAAGGUGUGCCUCGCCACAAGCUCCAGAAGGCUGUCCUGGCAAGGAACUUGCCAGCCAGCGACGAGAAGUUCGAUGAAAGCCAGAUCCCCAAGCCGAUUUCGUACGAUGAGGACCUUUCUAUCAGCAUCUGCCUCAACACGAGCAAGAUGGUCUGGAAGGCAGGGACGUCUGAGUACUUUGUCUAUGACAAUAUUCCUAAGGAGAAGGAAGCUCGGGAGCGCCAUCUCGAGAGACUGAAGAACGCAAGCAACAAGCGCGACACCAAACUUCGUGAGAAGUUUGUCUUCAACAGCCCGUGGAUGAAAGGCAUGAGCCAGGCGGACGUGCAAAAGUCCAACGAGGGCUGGUCAAAGUGGCUCAAGGAGGGCGUUCUCCCGUCUUCUGAGGCCGGCGACGCCAUGGACACUGCGGAUUGA